AUGUGCAAAGUUACUGGAAAGAAAUCUAAUCGUUCACGCAAGAGAAUUGAAGAGUCCAACCCUUGGAAGCCACUGAUGGUUCCUAAAAACUAUCAUAAGAUGGAGGAAAUAAAGCCGGAAGAUUGUGAUACAGUUUGCAAUAACAAUUGUAAGCCUAAAGCAAAGCCGGGACUAAAACAGGGACACUGGACUGUUGAGGAGGAUGAAAUACUUUUGGACAUAGUAGGCAGACUUGGCCCAAGUAACUGGGAAACGAACUCUAAACACCAUCCUACUCGGAACGGCAAGCAGAUGAGAGAACGAUGGCUAUCUCACUUACAAGGAG